GAACAGUGAAAGAGAGAGGGAUCGGAGGAUUCACAUUUUCAGACAACAAUCAUCUCUUCAUCGUCCUCCGCUCUUCUUCUUCAGACAGAGAUUCACUCACAGAGACAGCGCAAGUUCGUUCCUUUCUUCAAUUCCGACCUCAUACUCUGCCGACCCACCUCCCGUCUCGGAGCCUCUUCCCCCGCAAUUUGUCCCCGCCUUCUCUUCGGGGCAGAAGGGGGAGGGGCUAGGGCUUGCCUGGCGAAUUGGGAGCUCGAUGUUCGUGUAAUCGGAGGCCGGAGGAGCGAGAAUUUCACUGUGAGCUCUUUUUGAUGGACGGGAAGAGGGUAGGGGUGAGCCCUCGGCCGUGCAGUGGGAGGAGAGUGGUGGCGUCGAAGAAGAGGCGCAGGUGGUGGGGGUGCGGCGGGGAGGAGUGUGUGAACAGCGUGAAGAAGCUCCUCAGGCGGGAGAUUUGCUCCAAGAGGGACCGCGCCUUCUCCAUUUCCGAUGCCCAGGAACGGUUCCGCAACAUCCGGUUCCAGGAGGAGUAUGAUACUCACGAUCCAAAAGGGCAUUGCUCUACAGUCCUGUCUUUUCUCAGAAAGAGGUCGAAGAUUAUUGAAAUUGUGGCAGCUCGUGAUAUCGUUUUCGCCCUUGCGCAGUCUGGUGUUUGUGCAGCAUUUAGUCGAGAGACCAAUGAAAGGAUAUGCUUCCUCAAUGUCAGCCCAGAUGAAGUUAUUCGAAGCUUGUUCUACAAUAAGAACAAUGAUUCGCUGAUAACAGUUUCUGUAUAUGCUUCAGACAAUUACAGCUCUCUAAAAUGCCGAACCACAAGGAUCGAAUAUAUAAGAAGGGGCAAGCCAGAUGCUGGGUUUGCCCUAUUUGAAUCCGAGUCGCUAAAGUGGCCUGGUUUUGUGGAGUUUGAUGAUGUAAAUGGGAAGGUGCUCACUUACUCUGCACAGGACAGCAUAUACAAGGUGUUUGACUUGAAGAACUAUACGAUGUUGUACUCCAUAUCAGACAAAAACGUCCAGGAGAUCAAGAUUAGCCCAGGGAUCAUGCUAUUGAUAUUUAAUAAGGCUAGUGGCCAUGUCCCUCUCAAGAUUCUCUCAAUAGAGGAUGGUACUGUUCUCAAGUCAUUUAACCAUCUCCUCCAUCGGAAAAAGAAGGUUGAUUUCAUCGAACAGUUCAAUGAGAAGCUCCUUGUCAAGCAGGAAGAUGAGAAUCUUCAAAUUCUUGAUGUACGCAACUUUGAGCUAACAGAAGUUAGCAGGACAGAGUUCAUGACUCCAUCAGCGUUCAUAUUUCUGUAUGAGAAUCAGCUAUUCCUUACAUUUAGGAAUCGCACUGUUGCUGUGUGGAACUUCAGAGGGGAGCUUGUGACUUCCUUUGAAGACCAUCUUCUGUGGCAUCCAGACUGCAAUACAAACAACAUAUAUAUCACGAGUGAUCAGGACCUCAUAAUCUCUUACUGCAAGGCAGAUUCCGAUGAUCUUCUCUCUGAAGGAAAUGCGGGGUCCAUCAAUGUUAGCAAUAUUUUAAAUGGGAAGUGCCUCGCAAAAAUUCAAGUGAGCAACAGUUGCCCCUCUGAAGAUGAAUUAAGUGGGGAAGCAAAGAAACGGGCCCGCUCCUCAAGAAUAAGAAGCAAAGUCGCGGAAGCUUUGGAAGAUAUAACUGCUCUCUUCUACGAUGAGGAGAGGAACGAGAUCUACACAGGCAACAUGCACGGCCUUGUUCAUGUGUGGUCCAACUGAUGCUUUGGGUGUGAUAGCUUGUUUCCUCCUGUGCAUAUCAUAGGACUAGCUGCUGUAAUAGUCUGUAUUCGCUUUGUCUGUGCCAUUAAUAUGAGAAAGAACGUGUUGAUUCUGUAUGAUAAAAUGUUAUUUUCCGACUUCAAUUCUUUUCUUAUGUUUGGUUGGACGCGACCUUGUUGAGCUUGUAUCAUUGACAUAAUGGAAUGUAAUGUAGCUAUUCAGUUUGUCUUCC